AUGGCAGCGUUUGAUCAUGUCACUGUUCCCGGAUGUUUCCUUUUGGGUCUGUUGUACGUAGCGGAUUCGGUGGGAGAUCGUGUCCAGAAUGCCAGGCGUGCUGUUCGACACACACUGGUCGACAUGUACGGUCCCUGCUUGCCCUUAAUCAGCCACCCUGGUCCUAUAACAUGCGUGACGAAACAAGAGUCUGAGCGGUCGCCUGUCCUGGUAGCCUGUCGUGCCUGUCUCCCCGCCUUGCAUGCCAUCGAGAAUCGAAGAUUCAUGGGUCAUCGCUUGUCCAAGUCUCGAGGACGGCUUGAUUCCGCCAUGGUCAGUGCUGCCCCUGACGCUGUUGCGAUGAACCAUGGACGACCCGUCUGGGACUUGGGGCCUUGGGUUGAUGGGGUGACAGGGUGUGUAGUGACCAGUGGCCUGCCUGCCGUCGUUUCCUCGUUUCUUCGUUUCCUCCGACGCUUCUGGAGCCUCCGCAACAACGGUCUCAAUCAUGUGCGUUUCAAACAAAUUGGGAAUUCGAGAUUCAUUGAAGCUCGCGAAUUGACAGUCAUGUUGGAAUAUCCAAAAGUGUCUGGCAUAUGA